AUGCAUUUCGUCAUUGCCUCACAGGAUAAGAAGAAAUGUAUAGAAAUACCAGCUGCCUGUGAGUUGCUGAAUCUAGUAUUAUCUUUCCUCAACAAUGCCGCAUGUAAACUAAGACUUAAUGAUUACAAGGAAGCAAAGGAACUGUGUACCGAGGUCCUGGAAUCUGACAACACAAACGUGAAGGCCUUGUACAGAAGGGCACAGGCACACAUGCAUCUUGUUGAUCUUGAUUUGGCAGAGGCAGAUAUCAAGAAAGCUCUAGAAAUAGAUCCUGACAACAGGGAUGUGAAGAUGGGGUACAAGAGGCUAAAGGAGAAGGUCAAGGAGUACAAAAGAAGGGAUGCCAAAUUAUAUGGCAACAUGAUUUCCAAGUUGAGCAAGCUUGAAGACACGGAAGAUAAUGGCCAAAUGAGUCAGACAGUAAACAAGAAGUGUGGGCUCUUAUGGCCACUGUCGGAAAUGGUUAGGAGAUUCUUCACUGCCGAUGGUAGCAAGGGUUUCACGCUGUGGCCUGCGCUGAGGCUAUUGAUCCCGGUAAUAGCAUUGGUUGCAGUUUGUGUGGGUUACUACAUGCACAGCAGUGUUGAAGAGAUAGACUGCACCAACUGUUAGUUGAGCAGGGUAUCUGUGCUUACCUUCUGUCCUUUUUCAGGUGAGUGUUUAUCGUUGUAUAGAUCUGAUGAGUACUACACGUAUUUGUUGGUUGUGUGGGUUCAGGACUUGAGGGCGAAGUAUUCACGUGUACUGUACUAUUAAACUUGGCUUGUCUAAUAGUUGCUUCCACUGUCUAAAAAAGAAAGAU